AUGAAUGAUUCAUUGACCUCAGAGCAGUUUCUCAAUGGAGACUCUCCAGAUAAUCGACCCUCAUCUUCAUCUUCAUCGUCUAAUGACAGCGAGGCUAGUGGACUUUCGUCAAAUGCUGAACAACCUGUUGUGGAAUCCCCUCUAACGUCACCCGCGUCAAUGAGAAGACCAGGUCAUGAUGGAUCACAUGACGAUGAUGGACUCACUGAGUCGGAUAGAUCAGUGCGCGAAACAAGCCCUGAGUCUGCCCACCAGGCUAGGCCCGAUCUGACUAAGACCACGGUGGUGGGUUACGAGCUGCUGGCGGACAAGCUGAGCGAGGUGCCAAAAGAUGGCCGAAUUGUUCCGGGAGAGGAAGCUGUGGUACCCAUGUAUCGCAAGUUCGAGCAUCUGAACCAUCGCGUCCUGCUUCACCUCCAGGAUGAAAUUUCGGAGCUCGAGGAGGAACUUCGUUGUCUGGACGAGUGCAUCGCACAGUGCUCGCCGAGGGAUCAAGUAGGGCAUGUCCAUCCUGCAUCUAGACGUGGCGACGCCCGCUACGGGAACGAGCUGCAUUAUCGGAGAACAGAGUUGCUAGGUCGGGUCUAUCUCAAGCUUGGCCAAUACAACUCAGCUCUGUCUUCAUUCAGCAACAUGCUCAAGAAGCUGGAUCCGGCCAACACCGAGGACAUUCAGGCGUACCGCAGCUGGAUAGAGAAGCGUUCACCGAUCGACCAUGCCGAGACCCGCUUUCUCGAGCGCAAGACUGAUCUGCUCGCGGUGAAAGGAGGGAGGUCAGCAAGUAGCGUUGGUGGCGUCACAUCUCACCAAUCUGCAGCAAUUUGGCUCCCACUGAUCCUCGUGCUACCUCUCAUGGCGUUCGCUAUAGUUCCCGGGCUGCUUGGGAGGCUGUUUAUCCUCACACUACUCGGCGGCGCGAUAAUGAAGCUACUAACGUCAACAAAGGAGCUAAUGGACAUGAUGACAAUUAGAGAGUGGGCGGGAUGCUUUUCCAUGUAA